AUGUCGAGCUUUGAAGCCUUUGGAAUUGUUCUUCGGGCGAUUCCCAUCCUUAUCUCGGGCGCAGAGCUAUGGCGUGAGGGAUAUGAUAAAGGCAGACUGGCAUUCCGUAAGCGACAAUAUGUCGACAAGCUUGCGAAUGCCCUGCUGUUACAGCGACAGACAGUGUCAGAGACGGUUCAUCUUAUAAUUACGCGUAGCGGCUACAGUUAUGACGAGACUUUGCUCAAUAAGGAUCCGAUUGCAUACUUCCAAAAUAAGAAGAUCCAGUUUCAUGUGGAAGAUUUCCUAGGAGAUGAGAACUACAAAGCCUUGACUGGGAGGCUGCGAGACAUGAAAACUACUUUGGAAGAAGUGGCUAAACACUUGGAUGGUCUCAUUCCUUCUCACAAGGAUAACCCAUACGAUCUUGUCGGCAUCAUAGAAGCAAAUCAAACAGCAAAAAAACACCGAGCAGACUUUAUUCCCCGUCUUAGAGUCGCUCUCAAGAGUAGCGAAAUAAAGCAGAGCAUCAGCGAGCUCGACGCAGCCACCAGUACACUCCACACAUUCUCGCAAACGAUGUUGAUGAAUCGCCAUGGACCUGUUAGUUCGCUGCCAUCGUCCAACAGCACAAAACUAGCCAAAGCUUUCCGUCGAAUUCAGAGAUCUUCCAAGAACUUGUACACGGCUCUCUGUAGUUGUUGUACUGGAUCUUGCCACAAUGAGCACGACGUGCACGUCUUGCUGGAAGACCGAAUUGAUGUGGCAUCAAAACUUCUCCGUCCCACAAAGCAAUGGAGCGACGAAGAUAAGGCAGUGUUUGCGUUUCAUCUAAUCUUUGCUGCAAAGAUUCUCACUCCGAUUCAGACGAGAUGUCAUGAGCUGUCAGUCAGAUGCAUGCAGGAAGACGAAAGUGGCGACUGCCUCUCGGCGCAAGAGUCAAGGCUUUCACAAGUAAAGAUACGUGAACCUGAGCCUAUCAAGCCAAACGAUUCGAAUUCUUCGCAGCCAAACUUUGUUCCGGUCGACAAUUUUUGCGCGGCUAUUGUCUCGGCUCACGAGAAUACACAUCAUGUCGCCUUUAUACUACAUGCAAGCAACAGAAUGGGCGUUGUCACAGCAAAAGAGAAGACUGUAAUGCAGAAAAACAGCUGCCAAACGAUUACUUUAAAAGAUGUACUUUCGGGGACAUCCAAGUCUUACGGAGCAAGGCUGCCUCUGCAAUCGAGUAUGUUGCUUGCCUCGAAACUUGCUUCAAGCCUGCUUCAGUUCUCUCAAACACGGUGGUUUGGUCAAGCAUGGUCAAAAGACUCAAUAUUCUUCCUAUUACACCCGAUGUCUGAGGGUGUAGCUUCCCUUGCUGACUUUAAUCGACCUUUUGUGUGUGCAAAGAUCGAAGGUCCGGACGCCAACGGGGUGAAUACCGCUGAACCCAAGUCUAUUCUCCUGGAACUUGGAAUCUUGCUGCUCGAAAUAUGGCACCAUACCAUAUUGGAGGAUCGGUUCGCUCAGAAAAUAGAGCAGACUCCAGGAGAUUAUUUCUCUCGAUUGUCUUUCGCGGCCGAAUGGUUGGAUGAUGAUUACAACACGCUGCUACCAUUAUACGAGAAUGCUGUAAGAUAUUGCAUUUACGGGGCUGCCACGAAGCGCUGGACAGAUUGGAAUGCGAAUGAGCUGUGGGGUGAAAUAUGUAAAGAAGUCAUUAAGCCUCUCUCCGAGAACUGUGUGCAAUGGAGGAAGAGUACGGCGGCAUACUAG